AUGGCAAACCCUAAUCAGAUCAAGAUCCACCUUUCCAUCUCACCUCCACCUCCACCCUUCCCUCCAUCUCCAUCAAACCCUAGCUCACCAUCACCCUCCAGCCUUCUCCACGACCUCUUUCUCCGCCGCUCGCCCCAUCGCCGCCGCCGCCGCCGCCAACUGACCUCGCCCACCGACCUUCCUACCCCAACCCCUCCGCCUGCCUUCAAUUCCUCAUAUCCGUACCACCCCUCCCGGCCCUUCCAUCUGUCUCACUCCUCCUCUUCCGCCGCAUGCUCCGCUGCCGUUCCACCCGGACCGCUUCUCCUUCCUUCCUCUUCGCGCGGUUGCGUUCGCGCCACCACCGACCCUAACCUCGUCUCUCUCUCCAUUCCCUUGCCCGGCCAUGGCGUCUCGCUGACCCCUUCGCUGCCACUUGCUGCUCCAUCGCCGGGCGCUUCUUCGAUGCCUUGA